AUGCAGAACUUGUUUAUGGCCAUUGUGGCUUUGUGCCUGCUGUUGUCCUUAGGUCAUGCAGCAUCAUUGGUCAAGUCAGAUCUGCAGCAGGGGCACUGCUCCUGGGGAGCACAGUACUGGUGCAGCUCACCAGAGACAGCAAGCCUGUGUGGUAAAACAGAGUGGUGUGCCUUGAAUGACUGGCCAUAUGAUUUAGUCCAGGACUCUUCCUGUACAGCAGUACAAGCAGUCAUUAAAAAUACCAGGAGUCUGAUACAGAAGUCGGCCCAGAAACCUGUGUCUGAAUAUGAUUUUGCAAUGUUCUUGGCUAGAAGCUGCACUUUCUUCAUGGAUGACAAGGAGAGACACCAGUGUAAAGAACUUGUCACCAGCAAAGAUGUUCUUCCCAAGCUAGUACAGCUAGUGGACUCAAAACUGUCAGUAAAGUCGGUUGCCGCAGCUGUUGGAGUGUGCCAGAAGAAGAAAAACAUACCCUCAGAUAAGCCUUGCCGCUCGUGCCCUGAGACGGUUUCAAGUGUUCAGAAGUUACUCAGCAAGUUCCUGACACAAGAUGCUUUCAUGAAAUUGAUUGAACCUCAGUGUGUUAAACUGGGACAGGGACGUCAUUUGUGUCGGACUAUUGGACAAGCAAAAUUUGCAGAUUUCUACAACGCCCUUAUAAAUGCUCCAGCAGCGUCAGUUUGUGAAGGUGUUACCCAGUGUCUUGGUGUAUCUUCAGGCCUUCUGUCAGAACAGGCAUCAACUGAGUGUGAUAUUUGCAAGGCUGUGGUCAAGGAAAUUAGAGAGCUGGAUCGGAGUCCAGUUGUUCAGAGUGUCCUUCAAAACCUAAUCAAGUCUGUAUGUGCGAAACUUGGAGCUUUUGCCCAAAUGUGUGACAUCCUGGCUGAUGAGGAGUUGGAGCAUCUGUCUGAAUUAAUAGCUACGGAAAUGGAACCUGAUGUCAUCUGUGAAGAGUUAAAGUUAUGUGGCCAGCCUGAACAAAAAGCAGUGCAGAGCUCAUUCCCUAUUGGUGCUGAUGCUGCAUGUUCAGUUUGUGAAAUGAUUUUUCUGGCGAUGGACCAUGCCAUUGGAUCAAACACUACACAGGAGAAGCUGGAGAAACUUCUGAUCGACGAUUUCUGCAAUCGCCUCCCAGCACCCAUCAACGGCCAAUGUAGAGAUUUUGUUACAAAGUAUUCGUCUCAGUUAAUCCACGUUUUUGUGAAUGACAUGGAUCCUAAGUCCAUCUGCAGCAUGCUGGGUCUUUGCAAGAAUGCAACAAGUGUUUUGCAGUUUAAAUCAAGAUCAGAAACACCUAAGCUGACAAGUAACAUAACUUGUUCUCUGUGCAAAUAUGUGGUCUCAUAUGUGGAGGAUGCCCUUAAGAAGAAUGCAACAGAGGCUGAAAUUGUUGCUAUCCUGCAAGGCAUAUGUAACGAGUUGCCACAGAAUUAUAGCCAGGAAUGUAAGACCUUGGUCAGUCAGUAUGUUCCUCUGAUUGUCCAGCUGUUACUAGCAGAAUUAAAGCCUGAGCAAAUUUGUGAAGCUCUUUCCUUUUGUCAGUCACAGAAACUGGCUGUCUCACAAGCAAAGACCCAGCCCCAACAGCCAAAUGAUGAAGUGUGUGAUAUAUGCAAAGAUUUGGUCACAUCUCUGGAAAGUUUAUUGAAUGAAAACUCUACACAGACUGAAAUCGAGGCUGUUCUAGAUAAGGUGUGUAAGAUACUGCCGACAAACUGGAGCCAGCAGUGUGUAAUUAUGGUUGAGACAUAUGAACCUCUGGUUGUUCAGUUGUUGAUAGGAGAACUGCAGCCUGAAAAACUAUGUAAGGUGCUCAGUUUUUGCCCACCCAGCAAGCAUGAAGCCCUGCCACAUGUGGCAGCACCAGUGCUGAAGAUGGCAGCACCUGAGGUGGGCAAGCAGAAGACAGAACUGUGUGCUCUGUGUGAGUCAGUGACGCUUCUUCUGGAGAAUAUUUUAAAGGAGAACGCCACACAGGCUGAAAUAGUCUCAGCUCUCGACAAGGUUUGUGAUCUUCUGCCAGAGACGGACAAAGGGCCCUGUGUUGAGCUACUGCCACUUUAUACUGGUUAUGUUAUUGACCUUAUAAAUCAGGAGCUGCCUGCAAAACUUGUGUGUAAACUCAUCAAGGUCUGUGUGGAUGAUCAGAUGAAAGGAGCCCUUCCACAUGUGGCAGCACCAGUGCUCAGGGUGGCAUCACCUGGGCUGACAAAGCAGCAGGAGACAGAACUGUGUCUUCUGUGUGAGUUAUUGACGAGUGUUGUGGAGAAAUUGUUAAAGGAGAACACCACAGAGACAGAUAUAGAAGCAGCUUUGGACAAAGUGUGUGAUGUCCUGUCAGCAACCAUUAAGACUGAAUGUGAAAGCUUUGUCGCCCUCUACCUGCCCUAUGUUGUGGACCUGAUUGUUCAAGAGUUGCCACCAAAUCAGAUUUGCCAGAAAAUUCGAUUUUGCAAUGCCUCAAUGGGCCAGGCAUUGACGCUCAAACUGAAUCUCCAUGUGAACAAAGUAUCUUCUGCAAAAGAUGGAGAGAAGUGUACCAUGUGCAUCUAUGUUUUUGAAGAACUUGAUAAACUUUUAGUUGAAAAGUCAUCAGAAGUUGAAAUUGAAGCUGCUCUUAAUCACAUUUGUAACUAUACGUCAACAUACAAAGACCAGUGUAAGGUUUUUGUUGCAUUGUAUACACCUUUUGCCAUUGACUUCAUUGCUAAGAAGCUCACACCAGCACAGAUUUGCAGUGAGGUUAGGCUCUGCAUCAAUGCUACUGGUGUGAGGCUGCAUGCUCCAGUAAACAUCAAGAAACUUCCCACUGGACCACAGUGUGCUCUGUGUGAAUAUAUUGUCGAGUAUUUGGACAAACUUCUUGCUCAGAAUUCAACACAGCAAGAAAUUGAGACAGCCUUGGAUCGAGUUUGCAGUUUGUUGCCAUCAACUCUGACAUCUGAGUGUGACUAUUUUGUUCAACAGUACACCCCACAACUUCUGUUGUUUUGGCAAAAUAUCUCACCGGAUCAGAUCUGUAGUUAUUUAAAGCUGUGUUCCAGCCAAGUGAAAGUGAAGCCUCGUGCUCCAGUAAAUAUCAAGAAACUUACCGCUGGACCACAGUGUGCUCUGUGUGAAUAUAUUGUCCAGUAUUUGGACAAACUUCUUGCUCAGAAUGCAACAAAGCAAGAAAUUGAGGCAGCCUUGGAUCGCAUGUGCAACUUGAUGCCAACAACUUUGAAAUCUGAAUGUGUCAGUUUUGUUGACAACUACACCAGUAUAAUCCUGAAGCUUUUGGAGACUUUCCCACCGGAUCAGAUCUGUAGUUAUUUAAAGCUGUGUUCCAGCCAAGUGAAAG